CAUCUGCUCAAAGAACUACAUUUCCCUGAGCAUGCCAGGGACGGACCGUCACCGGAAGCCAGCCUUUAGCUAUAAAUCCAUUUCCGCAUCCUGUGCGGGUCCUUUCCUGUCUACGGCCCAUUGGAAGAUGGCGGUGCAAAUCUCCAAGAAGAGGAAGUUCGUCGCAGACGGUAUCUUCAAGGCCGAGCUGAAUGAGUUCCUGACUCGUGAGCUUGCUGAGGAUGGUUACUCCGGUGUGGAGGUGCGCGUGACUCCAACCAGGACUGAGAUCAUCAUCCUGGCCACAAGGACCCAGAAUGUUCUUGGAGAGAAGGGUCGUCGGAUCAGAGAGCUGACCGCUGUGGUCCAGAAGAGGUUUGGCUUCCCCGAGGGCAGCGUGGAGCUGUAUGCUGAGAAAGUUGCCACUCGUGGUCUGUGUGCCAUCGCUCAGGCUGAGUCUCUGCGCUACAAACUGCUGGGAGGCCUGGCUGUGCGUAGAGCUUGCUAUGGUGUUCUGAGGUUCAUCAUGGAGAGUGGCGCCAAGGGCUGCGAAGUCGUCGUGUCCGGCAAGCUGAGGGGUCAGAGGGCCAAGUCCAUGAAGUUUGUGGACGGUCUGAUGAUCCACAGCGGAGACCCCGUCAACUACUACGUCGACACAGCCGUCCGCCACGUCCUGCUGAGGCAGGGUGUGCUGGGCAUCAAGGUGAAGAUCAUGCUGCCCUGGGACCCCAGCGGUAAGAUCGGCCCCAAGAAGCCCCUGCCCGACCAUGUCAGCAUUGUGGAGCCCAAGGAGGAGACCCUGCCCACCACACCAAUGUCUGAGCAGAAGGGGGCCAAGCCAGAGGUGCCCGCCAUGCCCCAGGGAGCACCUGUACCCACCGCAUAAGAGGGUUUUCAAUCGUCACACCAGAUGGAAGCAAGGCCCUUUGAUUUUUGUGUACAAAAACAAUAAAAUUUGGAAAAUACACUUAAAA